AUGAUCAAGCACAUCUCUGCUGUGCUGCUCACGGGCUGGCUAUCGACAGCGACAGCGCAGUCGUCGUGUUGGCGAGACACAGUAUGCAAUGGACCUGAAGAAGCAGCCUUCCCUGGCCCAUGGGAUGAGAACAAUUAUGCCCCGCACUCUAGGACAGUCGUGCCGGUCAGCAUUCUCUCCUUGAGCAAUGCCUCCGUAAUCUCGAGCUACCCAGCGACCAUAACCCUGCAAGGCAAUGCGAGUGCGUACGUCUACGCUUUCGGCAAAGAGGUGGGAGGUAUUGUCACCGUUCAGUACACAACCACUGGUGGAGGAGGAUCCUUAGGCUUGGCCUUUACAGAAGCAAAGAACUGGAUCGGCCUCGCUAGUGACUCCAGCAAUGGAAAGUUCGCACGCGGCACUGGCGACCAAGCAUGCGCUGAUGGUGCCCUCUACUCACGCUUCUCCUCCGCUGGGCAUCAUACCUACGAGAUGGAUCUGCCAAAGCUUCGAGGCGGUUUUAGCUACCUUACAUUGUUCCUGCUAUCGAACAGCACUGAGACUACCUUGACCAUCAACGAUGUCUCCCUCGAGAUUGGCUUCCAGCCCACUUGGUCGGAUCUGCGCGCAUACCAGGGCUAUUUCCACUCCAACGACAAGGAGCUGAACAAGAUCUGGUAUUCUGGCGCGUACACGCUGCAGACGAAUUAUGUGCCGACUGACACCGGACGAUGGGUGCCCACUCUCGCCUCCAGCUGGGCGAACAACGGAUCGCUUGCAAAUGGCUCGACUGUCAUUGUCGAUGGAGCUAAGCGAGAUCGAGCAGUAUGGCCAGGAGACAUGGGCAUCGCUGUUCCUGCAUCUUUCGUCUCCUUAGGCAAUGACCUUGACAGCGUUAGAAAUGCUCUACAAACAAUGUAUGAUCAUCAAAACAGCGAUGGCUCUCUACCAGAAGCAGGACCGCCACUUCUACAGCAGGACAGUGACACAUAUCAUUGCUGGACGAUGAUUGGGACAUACAAUUACGUGCUGUACACAAACGAUACCGAAUUCCUUCGAGAGAAUUGGGAUCGCUAUCUCUUCGCGAUGGAGUAUGUCUACAGUCUGGUCCUGGAGCCUCUGGGCUUGCUGAAUGUCACUGGCACCAGAGAUUGGGCACGUCAAGCCACUGGCGGCAACAGCACAGAGCCGAACAUGAUCUUGUACAGAACUCUCGUUACUGGUGCUGAGCUGGCAGCAUGGCUAGGCGACACGGCCCUCAGUGAGACGUACCUUUCGCAAGCAGAGACACUAGCCCAGAACAUCAACACCCACCUCUACGAUGUCAGCUUCGGAGCGUUCACAGACAACAUAACGACAACCCUCCACCCACAAGAUGCAAACAGCAUGGCGAUCCUCUUUGGCGUCGUCUCAAACACUUCUUCCAUGGCCCAAUCCAUCUCCGAACGUCUGACAGAUAAUUGGACUCCAAUUGGCGCCGAAGCACCAGAAUUAUCCAACAACAUCUCACCCUUCAUCUCCUCCUUCGAGAUCCAGGCACACCUCACCAUCGGCCAGAUCUCUCGCGCAUUAGAUCUCAUCCGCCGCAGCUGGGGCUGGUACCUCAACAACGAGAAUGGUACACAGUCCACCGUCAUCGAAGGUUACCUCACGAAUGGCUCAUUUGGCUACCGUAACUACCGCGGUUAUGCGUAUGAUUCGAGCUAUGUCAGUCAUGCGCACGGCUGGAGCGCUGGGCCUACGAGUGCGUUGACGGAGUAUGUCCUUGGACUGCGGGUGACGGGGGUCGUGGGUAGUACGUGGACUCUUGCGCCGCAGUUUGGUGAUCUGACGAAUGUUGAGGGCGGGUUUGUCACUAGUCUGGGCAAGUUUCAGGCUGGGUGGAAUGGGACUGGGAAUGGGACUGGGACUGGGAUUGGGACUGGGACUGGGAAUGGGACUGGGUAUAGCCUUGAGUGGAGUACACCGGGUGGGACUGAGGGGACGGUGGUGUUGCCCAAAUUGAUGGGCGGAGGAAGUGGGAGUGUUGUGUUUGAUGGGAGCAGGAGAAGUGACUUGGUCGCUGGUUGUACUUUCAAGGUAGAAGGAGGUGAGCAUAUAUUAGUGGUGAGCUCACUGUGGUAG